UAUAUGUAUACAUAGGCACACGGGGUGCGCUCUAUACUGUACGCGGGAUACUGCACUGCAACUGUGCCAACGUGGACAGUGUCUCCUCUGUGUUGCUCGGUUACUCCGUGGUUGGUCCUCGGUUCGGUUUGGUUCCCGCUUUUCCGAUUCCUUUUUCUCGGUUGCCGCAACCGCAGAUGUGAGAUAGCGAUGCUUUUAUUACAUUUCCGGGUUUUCCGUUACCUUUUUUUCCGGUAACUAAUGGUAAAAAUAACCAAACAAAGCGGUAUGUAUGUACUUGUUCUUCUUUCCUGUCGAGAAAUUUGGUUCUUUUGUUGUUGGCGGUAAAAGCAUCAACUCGUAAAGUCGAACGAGUUACGUUACAGCUUGACAGUUAAGGAAAUACUAGAUCAUUUCUGCGAAUUAUCAACCAUCAACCCAACCAACCUAACCUUGUUCAUGCAUUGCAGAGGCAAUCCCGACCCGACACCGACAAAACAGGGCUGCUCGACAAAUGAAAAUUCAACAAGCCUUGACGACGCGUUACACGAUAUUCCUCGUAAGCCUUCGCUACUCCCACGAGACCAUUUUCUUCGUUUGAGAAUUGAUAUUGAGAUAGAACCAUGGUCGGCCGUUUAAGAGUACCAUCGUGUUUCUUAUCGCGACUUCCAUAUACGACGGAUUUGCCAAAAUUCGAUUUAUUUUCUAUCAAAAAGAUGAAGAAGAAUUGGUCGGUGAUACCGCUCUUGGCGAUACAAACUUGCGUGCUCGUUGCGAUUCCAUUGUUAAGCUGUUACAAGAUGUUUUUCACCGCGAUCGAUGUUCAGGGGUGCCCUCGACAGAUGCCCUAUGGGAAACAUCAUACCCUCCUAAACCACAACCACUCGCGGCAAACCACGUCGUCUCUACGUCACACGAACGCGGCCCACGAUUCGAAUGCGAUCUGCCCGAGCAACGGCGACGACGACAAUCUGCUCGACUCCUCCAAGUCUACGGACCAAUUAUUUUCACGUUCGCGAGACGACCACUACUAUAGUACUACUACUACUACUACUACUACUACUACUACUACUACUACUACUACUGCUGCUACCACUACUACUACAUCUACGAUAUUUCUAAAAUAAAAUCUUUUCUCAACAUGAAAAAUGCAUAUUUUUCGAUCCAGCUAUCGAUAUCCACCGAUACGAAGGGGCUAUCGAACGAGGAUUUUCGAAAUUCUGAGAUUGUAUUAUGGAUUUCCUAUCGAUACAAAGUUUCCAUAACGACCGUUGCGAUUUUCUUUUGUUUCAACGCGGCAAACCGAGAGUAAUCGCGUCGAUCGAUGCCUCGAUUCCAGAGUAGCCUGUUCGUUAAGUUUAAUCCGAGCAACAAUGAUGCGCUUUUUCGAAAAUAUCGAAAAAAGGUAGAUCGUACAACUCGAGUCGCCGCGUCUCAAACCCACAGGGCUGUCGAUCCGUGCACUCGCGCGACGCCAACUUUCCACCUCUCUUAGGGACGGGCGUGGCUCUGUUUGCGUUAAUUAAUCGCUCUGCCACGUUACGAUCCUGCGAAAACUCCGCGAUUCAGGUCGCUGGCCUCGCCUAAAAAUAAUCCACUAAACUCUGCCGGCAAGGUUAUCCAUUCGAUCGACAAGUUAUUGGUGUAUCCAAGUCGAUGCCAGGCCGUUUCUUUCACCUUUACCCGUAAUAGAUUCGACAGAGAGGCGGAGCGCGCGCGCGCGCGAGAGAGAGAGAGAGAGCUGGUGGUGACGAAAACCGCGACAACGACUGUGGUCGUUUCGCGUACUCCUCGUUUUCGUUUGACGAUCGACUAUAUUUUGGACAGAGACUGGAUGAACCAGUAUCGACAACCAGUAACAACAAUCAAAAGCGUAACAAACGUUUCGAAAUACUUGUUCGAAAUGAAUCGAAUACAUCGAUAAAUGAACUUUUAUUGUCGAAUAUUACUCUAGUUGGGGAUAAACGCACCUUGGCAACAGGUAAAACGUGCAAAUGGGAGAAUGACUUUACCGCUAGCCGGUAAACUAGAUUGCUACGAUACCGAGAACACGCUGCGUUAUCGACAUCCUCGAUGUUACCGUAUCAACCGUACAACGGUACGAAAUGCUAAUCCAUACGUAGUAUCGUGUCAAUAUCAAACGCGACUCGAACAACGCAUAGAUUUACGCGAAUCGUUCGAUAGCGAAUCGCAACCCCUGUGAUCGAAAUUAAAAGUCUAAUAACGAGAAACGUUAACUCAUCGGCGAUUAUUGCGUAGUGAAAAAUUAAUCAUUUUUCAAUUUACGAAUUCAUUUUAAAUAAACUACUAUACCAAGCUUUUAUUUCUUAUGACAAUCAGUUUCCGAAACACACGGUCUUGAAAAUAAAUUUAUUACCCAACAAUCUAGAAUUCUGCUUUUAACACAGACCCAUUACUGGCCCUCUAGCCCUCCUCAUUGCUAACCAACAUAGGCGCGCGAGCAUCCACAUAUCGUGAUACACCGCACGAUUAUAUGCCACGAUUCAUAAUUACUCGUUCCAGUUGGUCUCGAUACCAUCGAGACAUCCUCGACUUUGCUCGUUAUCUCUGGCUGACUGAAAAUGAUUCGCCAUAUUCUCAAAAUUGUACGCGGAGGUUCUGUUCAAUCGUGAAUCUCAAGGUGACGGCCCUUCUCUUUCGAUCGCGAAUCGCGCGCUAUCACGUCCAUCUCCCAAUUCACCCUCGAUCUUCUUCUCCUCCUCUCGAGUCUCUCGAAACGUGCUCCGCUCGUAGAGAAGCCGAACCAACAGACCACCGAAUCUUUUAUUCUUUACACGAAGAAGGCACUUGUCGCCCUCGCGGCGUGGCUGGUUCUGAAUCAGCUCGAGAAAAAAGAGAGAAAAAAAGACACUCGAAAGCAACUUGUCGGGUUAUCGGGAAUUGUACUUGAAUCGAAUCGAUUCGAUUUAUCGCGUUGACGCGUGUUCGGUUCGUUCGGUUCGUUCGUUACCAGGCAAGAAGGUACGAACGAGUUUCAUCGAUGGGGUAGCUUAACGUCAAUUCGCGUUCAAGCCACGAUAAAGCAAUGCUCGAUGCGUAUUCGACUAGCUCGCGACCGAUACGUCACUGUGUUGAAAAACAUAAUAUUAACAAACGAAUUUACCCUUUAACGAGAAACCCAUGAUUAUUUGAAAAACUUUGAUCGUCCGUCGAACAAAGUCGAGCGAAAUUUUGUAUCGGUAUUUGUUUGCUGAAAUAGAAAAUAACGUCGGAAAAGAGACCAUUGUUCGUGUAUAGACAGUGUUUUUCUGCAACUCGGACGUGAACUUGUUCGAGUCUUUGAUUUGUUCAAAUAGGCUAAUAGCUACGUAUACGGUUUACGACACAUUGAACAAUAUUUACACUCUUUAACUUGGUAAACUGUCGGAUAAAGUUUCGAUAGAAAACGCAUCGGUUAACUAUUUCGAAUUACGGAGAAGGAAAAUUGAUUACUAUAAUCGACGCGCAUUAUUUUCCCACAGACGUAACGCCCUAUCGUUUGACAAAUAUCGUUGAAAAGUAGUGCUUUUGAUCUUGAGGAAAAGUAACGUCCAAGAAACGAACAAGUCUGCAUAAAGCGUAAAGUAAAGUGUCGAUGUAGAUGCCAUGGAUUAUUGUAACAGACAAGAAACGCGGAUAGGUACGGAAUUUUCCAAAGCGACGCAAGAAUUUUGUUUUAAAAAGAAAUUGUUAACGUGAUAUUUUCGCGAGAGCCUUUCUUUUUUGAGAGCUACAAUCUCGUACGAUAAAUCGUUACGUUCGUGGUAGUCCGGUAGACAGACGAGGAGAGAAAGGCAACAGAGAAAGGAUGAGAAACGAAAAGUCGAAAAGAUGCUGAGAAUUUGCCAGUGAAAUUUAAUUUCUGGUCGUGAAUAGGAUACAUUCGAUCGUCACGAAAAAUAGACGAAUUAUCUGUAAUCGAUCCAUGGACGACAACCAAGUAUCUUGGAUGUUUCUCGAGGAGACGAUUCGCAAGAAACACACUCGAAUCUCCAGAACCUCAUGUUUUUUAACGAUAACACUGGUUUCCAGUCCGAUGUGGUUGGCUGAAACAACGAAUCGUACUCUGUCGUUUCUCAAUUAUAUCGAAUCGCAGAUUCGCGCUAUUUCAGUGAAAUAUUUCACUGGCCUAGUGCAAGUGUAUCAUCGUUAAUGAAUAUUGCCGAAUACACGCUUCUAAUAAGUUGAAUGUUUCGAAGCAACUUGUCCUUUCUACUGCCUUUCUCUCUUUACUCGAACGAUAACGAACUAGAGGAUUUUGAUAAUUAUCGACUCGCGAGAGACAAUACGCACACCGUAUCCCGCGGUCACCUCUGCUUUAUCGUUCGCGCUCGCACUUGAUGGUCCAGCGUCGGUUUACCAAGCCUGGCGACCAGC